AUAUUGAAUAAGAGUACAGAGCAGUGUACGCUACCUCUGGCGCCACUAUCUCAGGUAAUUGAGUGGCUAGCAAUGGAUAAGAAGACGCACUGCGGUGAACGCCAGAGACUCACUUUCCCUGUAGCAAUCAACACGUCUGCCCGUCCGCCCUCUCUACUGCCACGUAAACUUUGGCGGACGCUGAGACUGCUGCCGCUGGCCGCAAGCAUGCUGUUCCUCACCGCCGUGCUGGCCGCCCUCGCGGUGACCGCCCUGGGCCACACGGACACCGACCACCUCGCCGGUCACACCGUCCUGCAGAUCACCCCCAGCACCCAGGAGCAGAAGAGCGCCCUGCACGAGUACCUGGACAAGCAUCCCAUGCUCGACCUGUGGCGUGAGGGACUCCCCGUAGAGGUCAGCGUGUCGCCCGAGCAGCGCCAAGAGCUCGUCCGCUUUCUCGACGGCCGAGGCAUCGAGCACGGGGAAGUUAUCAGUGAUUUACACAGUUUAAUUAAAAAUCAGACGCUACAAGCUUCCCUCACUCUGACGGCUGACGACGAGCCCCUCAACUGGAAAAAGUACUACCCUCUAGAGAAGAUCUACAAGUGGAUGGAUGACCUGCAGAAGAACAACCCUGAUACCGUGAGGGUCCACACUAUCGGCAAAUCUUACGAGGGUUUAGACAUGAAGGGAGUCGUCAUCACGUUCGCUCCCGACCAGCCGGUGGUCAUGCUCGAGUCAGGCAUCCACGCCCGCGAGUGGAUCGCCCCCGCCGCCGCCACCUACUUCAUCGACCGGAUCCUCAACAGUGAUGAAAACGAUAUAGUCAGGAAGUUCGAGUGGCACAUGUUCCCCUGCGUCAACCCAGACGGCUACGUCUACACCUGGACCAAGAACCGCAGCUGGCGAAAAACUCGUAGUACAAAUUGGCUCAUCUUUAAGGGUGUGGACGCCAAUCGGAACUGGCCUUUCCACUGGCAGGACGUCGGUACCAACAACAUCGUCUACUCCGAACACUACGCGGGGCCCCACGCCGAGUCCGAGGCGGAGACGAGCAAUCUCAGAAAGUACGUGGACAUUCUGGCGCCACGGAUGCGCCUCUACCUCGCGCUGCACGCCUACGGCCAGAUGCUGAUGUUCCCCUGGUCUUACACCAAGAACCCCACAACGAGACACGCCCAUCUGAACGAGAUAGCCGCGAAGGCGGCCGAAGCCGUUAAAGCAAAGAACGGGGUGACUUACAAAUACGGAGGUAUCGCCGAGACCAUUUACAUAGCCACGGGCAGCUCUAUUGACUACGUGUACAGCAAAUGCGUGCCAUACACCUACGUGUUCGAGAUGCGACCAGAGUUCUCCUCAAAGGACACUGGCGAGGACGCCGGUAACCACGGCCAGCAGGGCUUCAUCCUCCCCGACGACCAGAUCGAGGACACGGCCGCCGAGGUCUGGGCCGGCACGCUCGUCCUCCUGCAGGAGGUGGACAAGUACCCGAGCGGCAACAACCCCAAACUAUGCCCCGACCUUUAGCCACUGCUCAAGAAUACUGCAUUGGAAAUCUAACAGUGUGUACGCAGAAGGUGUCUUGAUCUAGAAUCAUAAAUCAUUUCACUAUA